AUGACCCCUCUGCACAAAGAAAAGAGGGUAAAGUGGUGUCGUAAAUUCAUAAGUAAAGGCGAAAGUUUCUGGAACGCUGUGGUGUUUAGCGAUGAGAAGAAGUUUAAUGGUGACGGUCCGGAUGGUUUUGCAUCUUAUUGGCACGACCUUCGCACUACAGAGCGCAUUUUUUCCAAGCGUCAAAAUGGCGGGUUUUCCGUCAUGGUUUGGGGGGCUGUUAGUCUCUAUGGUGUAUCUUCGAUGAUGUUCAUUGAUGGGAAGCAGGACUCUAAGAAGUACGUUGAUAUUUUGCGUCAUGGCUUACUGCCGUUUGCGGCCGAGGUGUUCGGAGAAGAACAACGCUGGUUUUUUCAGCAAGAUAAUGCGCCGAUACACACCUCUGGUUUUACGAGAAGCUGGCUCUCUGAGCAUUCUAUCUCUACUCUACCGUGGCCAGCGAAGUCCCCCGACGUUAACAUUAUAGGAAAUGUUUGGGGCGUGAUGGCGAGGAUGGUUUACGCCAGGGGUAAGCUCUACCAAAAUGUUGAGGAUUUGAAGGUGGCUAUUGAGGAAGCAUGGUCUACUGUAGGGUCGGGCCUUUUAUUGACGCUUUACAAGAGUCUUCCUUGUCGCAUGCAUGCCACCAACUCCUGCUACGACCCGGCCACACACAUCCACUCCUUAACCUUCCCCCACCAAAAUGGCUGCCGUCACCCGUCAGGGCCCCAUCUACUUGCGCAUGAUGCAAAAGCUAACCGCCGCGCUGCGUCCCGUCACCCUCAACCUCAUCGACGAGUCGCACCUCCACGCGGGCCACAAGGAAAGCCCUGGCCUGCCGGAAACCCAUUUCAACCUCACCGUCGUCUCGCCAGAGUUCGAGGGCAUGUCCAUGCUGCAGCGCCACCGCAAGGUCUACGCCAUCGUCGCCGACGAGAUCAACGACCGCGUCCACGCCCUCGCCCUCAAGACCCGCACCCCCACCGAGGACGCCCAGGGCCAGUGACCUCCCGCCCCGCACACGCUGCCUCAAAGGAGCGACUCGUCUCUUGCCGUCAGCGCCUCCCCCCACAUCCCGAUCGACGCAUUGCGCUCGAUGUGUGA